AUGGUGGAUAUAGAUCAGCUUACCAAUGAAGAGAUCCGAGAACAGCUUAUGACACAUGGUUGUGAUCCCGGCCCUGUCGUCGGAAGUACUAGAAACGUCUAUGCAAAUAAGUUACGGCGGUUGUUAGAAGAUGGAUUAGAAUCGGAUGUCGUGGCACCACCUGAGAAAGUAACAUCUGACGCUAUAGGAGCUGACAGUCUUAAAUCUUCACCAAAAAAGAACAUAUCACACAGUUCACAAAUAUCGCAGUCACCAAGACGUAUUACUCGUUCUUCUGCCCAAGAAGUAACUGGUUUAUCAAAGAUUCAAAGUAUACCGUUAAAUUCUAAAAUAUCUCGUGCGUUGCCGAAAACUGCUGGUUUUUCUCCAGCAAAGUCACGCAUAUUUUCCGAUUUCAUAGAGUCAUCACCCAAAUCACAUGUUGUCCAAUCAGCUGUUCCCAUCCCUCCAAAAUCGCAUGCAGAUACCGAAUUCGAAAUUCAUUCGGAAGUAAGCACAGAUGGAGAAUCUCACGGUUUGCUAUCAAAGUCAAGCGUAACUUCUGAAUCCGCAUCUCUGGAUGUUACAUCUUCCAAAAUAUCCAAACCUUAUCCGUUUGAAACAAUACCAGAAGCUUACCGUACUACACCUACAACACGUUUCACAUCUUUACGAGAUAAUCGGGGAAAUGGGAUAGUUAACGAUGGUUCCGAUGAUGAUUUACGUGGCGAAGAAAGUUCACGUAUUUUGUUGCCUACUUGGAAAGAAGAUCAUGCGUAUUCGGCUGAAUAUGAUUCAAAACAAGAUCUGAUGGCACGAUGUCGUCUGGAUGCAAAUUCGGCAACUCAGUAUAAUCAAACAUCACGUUAUAAUUCAGGUGUAGCGUUUGAAAAUUUCUACAGUGGUCACGGAAAUAGAUGUAACAGUUUGGUGAAUAAACAAAAGGCAUCACGAAAGUAUGGAAAAAUCGGUCUUACUCUUCUUUUUAUUAUAACAGCAGUUAUUUUUAUGUUCUUCGUCGUGCAGAAUUAUGCCGAAUUAGAACGCGGUGAAGGUAACAAAGAAGAAUUUUGA